AUGAAAAUGUUCAGUUUUGCCAUAGGGCUACAAAUUUGGGGUCAAACAAAUUGUCAAAAAGAGUUCAACAAUUAUACAGUAAAUAAUACUCCAGAAGAUGGGAACUGUUUAUUUUCUGCAAUUGCAGACCAGAUUGGUAUCCCCAUGUCCAAUGCUUCUGCUGUUGAAUCGGAAGAAAAUAUUAAAAUAAUUUUUUCCGAAUAUGGAAGUUUAGAUAAUUAUUUGACCAUGAUGAGUAAAGAUCAUAAUUGGGGUGAUGGAAUCAUAAUUGAAGCAGCAGCAAGCUACUCUAAACGACCAGUGAAUGUAAUUAUUAAAAUAGGUAAUCAAAGUUUUGAUGCUAAACCUAUAAAUUUAGGUUACACAGAAAUAAAUUCUGGAGAGAAAAAAAAUCACUAUGUUAGUCUUUUCAUAAAUGAAUCAGUUCAAAUAACUGAAGAUACAAAUGAAAACAGUAGUUCUAUUAAAAUUAGUAAUGAAACGAGGUGUUCUGGAAAGAAUAAAGUUGACAUCGUUAGAAGGUUCAAAGACGAUUGGUCAGAACAAUAUUUUUGCAUUUUUGUAAAUAAUAUAAUUGUAUGUGUGAUAUAUUCCACAACCAUAGCAGUGGUUAAAGAGUAUAAUGUUAGAAGACAUUUUAAAACAUCACACAAAGAUUGGAAUAAAAAAUUUCCUAUUAACUCAAAAAUUAGAGAGAAUAAAUUGAGAGAAUGUAUUAAAAAGUUAGGGCAUCAGCAAGAGGAAUUGAGAAAGCACACUUCUCUAGAUGAUUAUACAAGAGCAUCUUUUAAAAUUGCUUGGCAAUUGGCAAUGGCUCGAAAAACCAUUUAG